AUGGAUGUUAAAGACGUGCCUUCUAUAAGGGCCGCUGGCAUAAUCAUAUAUAACAUCGAUCCCAGUUCAAAUGUAGUAAAAUAUUUGCUUCUAAAAUCCUCUUCAAAACCUUUUCACUGGACUCCACCAAAAGGCAGACUGGAUCCUGGAGAGGAGAGCAUUGAUGCAGCUCAAAGAGAAACAUUAGAGGAAGCCGGCCUUUCCAAAGAUUCUUAUGUUCUCGAUAAUGAUUUUAAAGAUGUUUUAAAAUACGAAGCUCACGGAGCGAAUAAAGAAUGUGUAUAUUAUUUAGCUAAAAUCGCGGAUUUUUCAAAACAUCAAGUCACACUCUCUGACGAGCACACUGAUUACGCAUGGGUUGGAAUAGAAGAUAUACCUAGGUACUGUGACAAAGAAUCACUGCGUACAAUGUUCGUUAAGGCUCAUGAUUACCUAUCAAAACUUUUAAAUAACUAA